AAUCUUCUUCCAAAAAUACCCCUCGGCCUGAUAACCUCUUCCUUAUUUCUUUUCACUUUAUUUACCCAAUGCAACGCCACAUGGCAUUGCGAAAUUGUUGUCAAAAAAUGGUCGUCAACAUAACAUUUUCCAAAACAUAAAUACAAACACCAACACAAACCAUGAAGUCUACACUAUCCCUUACUCUCUCUUUCCUCUUUGUCUUUUAUACCAAGUUUCUUCCAGUAGCAUUGUCUAGGGUUCAUGAAGAGGUCCUUGACUCAAAUGGAGUACCCAUUUCUUCAUGUGCUGAAUACUACAUUUCAAUGCUUAAUCAUCAUGGCCCAGCAGGUUGUGGAGUAGAACUAGACACAGACGGGAACUCAACAUGCCAAGUAGUUGUUCUACAAAAUUACCAUGAGAAUUUCCCUGGUAAGGCUCUAAAAUUCAGCACAGAAGGAACAAGUUCAGGUGGCAUAUUCACAAACACAAAGAUUACAUUUGACUAUCACCCUUAUUGCGCAUCAUCGUCCAAGUGGGUGGUGGUAGCUGGUGGUGAUGAUUCAUUCCCUGCAAGAUGGGUGGGUAUCGGUGAUGCUGCAGACCAUCCAGGGAAGAAGAUCUUAAGUGGGAGCUUUAUGAUUCAGAAAUAUGGUGAUAGUUAUAAAUUUGCAUUUUGUGCCACCAUUAUCGACAACACUUGUUUUAGUAUUGGGAGAAUUGACGAUUAG